GAUAUCUAUCUAGUGGGAACAGUAAUGCUGGUGUUUGGAAUGGGUCUUUAUGAGCUCUUUGUUUGCAACCUUGAUAUUGCAAAAACACAAUCGAAGGAAAAGGCCACAUCAACAUCAAAUCUCUUUGGAUUGUUUGCUUUAAAGGAACGACCAAGAUGGUUGGAAAUAAAAUCAGUGAGUGAACUGAAAACCAAACUUGGGCAUGUAAUAGUGAUGCUUCUUCUGAUAGGAUUUUUUGACAAGUGCAAGAAGGCUGUAAUACACUCUACACUGGAUUUGCUUUGCUUCUCAGCUUCUGUCCUACUAUCGUCCGGUUGCCUAUUUUUGCUAUCUAAGCUUAAUGGCUCUACAUGAGACUUGAUCCUUCUCUUCUCUUCUCUUCUGUUUCAUUCAGUAAAGAGGAUAGUUAGGCAAAGCUAUGUAUGUAAGAUAUAUGUUAGAAACAAGGAGUGGUUCCUGCUUGUUUGUUACUACACGUACUGAUGUAUGCAUUGGGAUGUAUUAUUUGUAGACUAUAGAUAUAAUAAAACAUAUUUGAAAAGUA